AGGAUGGUGAUUGGUGCUAUGCAACUGUUACUUUACCUGAAAGUGCAUUGGUGUUGGACUGGGUUUUUGCUGAUGGACCUCCUGGGAAUGCAAGGAAGUAUGAUAACAAUGGAAAACAAGAUUUCCAUGCUGCCGUUGCAAAGAGCAUAUCUGAUGAUUUAUUUUGGGUUGAAGAAGAAAAUAGGAUAUUUGAAAGGCUUCAGCAAGACAGGAAAGAAAGGGAGGAUGCUGGUCGGAGAAGGGCUGAGAUAACUGCAAGGAUGAAAGCUCAGACAAAGGAGAAGACUAUGAGAGAGUUUCUUCUCUCACAGAAACACAUUGUCUAUACUGAGCCACUUGAAGUACGUGCAGGAACCACCGUGGAUGUUCUGUACAAUCCUUCUAACACAGUGCUGAAUGGAAGUCCAGAAGUUUGGUUCAGAUGUUCAUUUAACCGUUGGACUCAUCCAAGUGGUCCUUUGCCACCACAGAAGAUGGUGAAUGCAGAAAAUGGUUCACACUUACAAGCCACAGUUAGGGUUCCUUUGGAUGCAUACAUGAUGGACUUUGUUUUCUCUGAGUCGGAAGAAGGUGGAACAUAUGACAACCGAAAUGGGAUGGACUACCAUAUUCCUGUCUCUGAUUCCAUCGGAAAGGAACCACCUAUGCAUAUUGUGCACAUUGCAGUAGAAAUGGCUCCUAUUGCAAAGGUUGGGGGUCUUGGCGAUGUUGUUACUAGUCUUUCACGAGCUAUUCAAGAUUUAGGCCACAAGGUUGAGGUCAUUAUUCCAAAGUAUGACUGUUUAAACCUAAGCAAUGUGAAGGAUUUACAUUGCCGUCAAAGUUUUACUUGGAGUGGAACAGAGAUAAAAGUAUGGUUUGGAAAGGUUGAAGGCAUCUCUGUUUAUUUCUUGGAACCACAGAAUGGGAUGUUUUGGGUUGGAUGUGUCUAUGGAAAGAACGAUGAAAGCAGAUUUGGCUUCUUCUGUCACUCUGCUCUGGAGUUUCUUCUCCAGAGUGGUUCUUCUCCAGAUAUCAUACAUUGUCAUGAUUGGUCAAGUGCUCCAGUUGCUUGGCUGUACAAGCAACAGUAUGUUCAUAACGGGUUGCCAAAUGGCCGGGUUGUAUUUACUAUCCACAAUCUUGAAUUUGGCGCAAAUCAAAUCGGCAAAGCAAUGGCACACUGUGAUAAGGCUACAACUGUUUCAGACACAUAUUCAAAGGAAGUGUCCGGGCAUGGUUCUAUUGCUCCUCACUAUUUUAAAUUCCAUGGCAUCCGUAAUGGAAUUGAUUCUGAUAUUUGGGAUCCAUAUAAUGAUAACUUCAUCCCGAUUUAUUAUACUUCUGAGAAUGUUGUUGAAGGUAAGAGUUCUGCAAAAAGGGCAUUGCAGGAUAGGCUUGGAUUACAUCAAACUGACGCCCCUCUGGUCGGAAUCAUUAGUCGGCUUACAGCCCAGAAGGGAAUUCACCUUAUCAAACAUGCAAUUUAUCGAACUCUUGAGCGCAAUGGACAGGUGGUUUUACUAGGCUCAGCUCCAGAUCCUCGCAUACAAAGUGACUUUAUCAACUUAGCUAAAAAACUUCAUGGUGAAUUUGAUGGCCGCGUGAAGCUUUGUUUAACUUAUGACGAGCCAUUGUCACAUUUGAUAUAUGCUGGCGCCGACUUCAUUCUUGUCCCUUCCAUUUUUGAACCUUGCGGUUUAACACAGCUUACUGCUAUGCGAUAUGGAUCCAUCCCAAUUGUUCGGAAAACUGGAGGCCUGUAUGACACUGUUUUUGACGUCGACGAUGAUAAGGACCGGGCCCAUGAGCAAGGCCUUGAGCCAAACGGAUUCAGUUUCGAAGGAGCUGACAGCAAUGGUGUAGAUUACGCUCUGGAUAGGGCGAUCACCACGUGGUACGACGCUCGCGAUUGGUUCAACUCCCUCUGCAAGAGGGUAAUGGAGCAAGACUGGUCCUGGAACCGGCCUGCUCUGGACUACAUGGAACUGUACCAUUCCGCCCGCAAGAACUGAGACUUUUGCUGACAACAAAUGUCAAGUUCUGGGAGUGGGUUUGGCAGGUUCCAUUGACAUGCCAGUGUCUCGCUGCAUAUGCCGUUCCCCGGAAGCCAUUCUUUUGGUUUAUAUGGGAUUCAGAAGAAAUAUCGACUUCUACUUCUCCGGCAUCUGCAAGACACUCAAGUGCGAGCUCUUUACUAUAUUCAGCGAUCACGAUACCCUAAUCAUGCACCACACGAUGUCAAAUGCGGCACUUGGGAAGCUCAUUCUGGCCAGAGUCUACCAGGUUUCGCGACUGUUGCAAAUAUGUUCCAUCUUACGGUUCUAUAGUCCUUCAUGUGUACAUAUUGUGUAAGCUGACGGUUAGCUUUCUUAGGGUCGACGCUCCGUGUAGUAGUUGGUUUUCUGCCUCAUCUGAAUAAUAAAGUGCCUAUCAAAUGGUGUAUCACGUUGAUAUCUCAAAUUCUGACCAUUGUGAAUAUAACUUCUCUCCUUAUAUUUUC